CUGUAUUCUGCAACGACUCCCUUUAAAUAAUAAUGUAUGUGCACCGCCUAGCUAGAUAAGAGCAGAUUUCUCAUACUUCAAUAAUCAUCCGCAAUUCAAUUAGUCGCAGAAUUCUUAACGGCCUCUUCAAAUAUUCAAAUUUUCCUAGCAUAAGUAUUUCAUUUCAUUUAUUUAUUUAUUUAUUUUUUAUUUUUUUUUUGAGUUUUCUAUCGUUUUGAACCAAAAUCAUAUCUUUAUCUUCUGGUUUUGCGAUGGAAAGAGUAAAUCAACUAUCAAUAUUCAUCUCAUCAUCAAAUCUUAAUGAAUACAAAAUCGAAAUCAGUAUAUUCCUGAUUAGUGUCGUGUCAGCCUAUGUCUUCAUGCACAGAUGGAAUCAAAGGAAUGUAAAAGGCCCAAAAUCAUGGCCAAUCAUUGGUGUACUUGUAGAAGUUCUUAUGAACUACUAUAGAAUGCAUGACUGGAUAACCGACUACUCUGUUGAAUCAAAAACCUUCAACGUUCCACUGCCUUUUACAACUGCAACUUUCAUUGCAGAUCCUGCAAAUAUUGAACAUAUUCUGAAAACCAACUUCGACAACUACCCAAGGGGUGAAGAUUUUCAUGCAAUCAUGGAAGAGUUUCUUGGAGAUGGAAUUUUUAAUUCAGAUGGUGAAAUGUGGAGGCAACACAGAAAGAUUGUUGGUUUGGAGUUUGUAUCUAGAAACUUGAAAAAUUUCAGCACUAUUAUUUUCAAAGACUAUGCCUUGAUUCUCUCUGAUAUUUUACACCAAGCAUCAAUCCACAAUAAAGAAAUUGAUAUACAGGAUCUGUUCCUGAGGAUGACUCUAGAUUCUACAUGUAAAGUUGGACUUGGGGAGGAAAUUGGUAGUUUGGGUCAUGAAUUAUCGGAUAAUCUUUUCGCUAAAGCUUUUGAUCAAGCAACUAGUACUGUUACCUAUAGAUUUGAUAACCCUUUAUGGAGAUUACAAAGAUUUUUUAAUUUUGGAUGUGAAGCAUUGUUUGUUCAAAGUAUCCAAGUCAUAGAUGAAUUUACAUACAGUUUGAUUCACAAAAGGAAAGCAGAAUAUGAAGAAGCUAAAUCACCUGAUAACAGUGGUCACAAGGAAAAGCAUGAUAUGUUGUCAAGAUUCAUUAAGUUAAGUGACAAUCCUGACAGUAAAUUAACCGACAAAAGCCUCAGAGACGUCAUUAUAAACAUUAUUUUAGCAGGACGUGACUCAACGGCGUCAACACUAUCUUGGUUUAUAUACAUGAUCACGAUGAAUCCUAAUGUAGCAGAAAAGAUCUACACAGAACUUAUAGCCUUUGAAGAAAAUCAGGCAAAAGAAAUGAUUGCUUAUGAUCCUACAGACCCAAAAUCUUUUACCGAGAAAUUAACACAAUUUCUAAGUCUUUUGAAUUAUGAUUCAGUUGGAAAGUUGUCUUACUUGCAUGCAACAAUCACUGAGACGCUACGGUUGUACCCUGCAUUGCCCCAUAACUCAAAAGGAGUAUUGGAAGACGAUGUUUUACCCGACGGAACAAAAGUAAGAGCAGGUGGAACAGUGAAUUAUGCGCCAUACGCCAUGGGGAGAAUGGUAUACAACUGGGGACCUGAUGCAGUUUCGUUCAACCCUGAUAGGUGGUUUAAUAAAGAAGGGUUAUUUGCAAAUGCAUCUGCAUUCAAAUUCACGCCGUUCAAUGCUGGACCAAGGACAUGCCUAGGGAAGGACUCGUCAUAUCUACAGAUGAAGAUAACACUUGCUAUCAUGUGUAGAUUCUUCAAUUUUCAUUUGAUUCCAAACCAUCCUGUUAAUUACAAAACCACGAUAGGUCUUAUGAUGGAGCAUGGGCUGAAGCUUACUGUGAGUACAAAAAAAUAUGGAAAUGUUUAGGCAAGAAAGUUUAAUGGCCCUUCAUUAAUUGGUAUUACAUAUAUGAUCUAUGUUUCACAAUAUGUGUUAAGUGUCACCCCGACCCACAGCCGAAUUAAUAUUAGUCUCUUCAGUUGACUUGUAUUCUGUUAUUUCUCCUUUGAGAAUGCUCCUUGAUAAAUGAUUAGUAGGUAUCAAAAGUUUAAACUUAUGUUCCUAGUAACAAUGAGUAAUCUCAUGUCUACAUUGCUGAGUUACAGGACAGACUCCGUUUAUAUACACAUCUGAAUUCUCUAGACUGAAUCUCUACACUCUUACACCUCACACGUGCGACUCUCACACAACUUGCACACUCUCAUUUUACACAAACAUAAUUCUCACACUACUGACUCUCUUAUGCUAUUACCCUCCCUCAAUCCCAAGUUGGCUGUAAAAGACAACUUGAGAUUGCAAAUAUAAUUCUCACACUACUGACACUCUUAAGCGAACAGUUGGUGCAGUAGUGACAAACCAAGGUCUGAAUUGUAGAAGUUGCAGAUGCUGAAUCUUCGACGCAGAGAUGUGAUAAUGUGAACAGUAGCACUGCCGCAGCUGGAGUGGAUAUCAGGACAUACCAGGAAUAGUAGCAGUAGAUGUGUCACUAAGUCAGAAUAAAGAAUUAAUCACUUACUGCAAUAGCUCCAAUACUCCUGCAGAUAUAGGAUUUGACGAUGUAGAUGACCUGUAUAGAUUUGCACACAUCCCAUACUGCAUAUAACUCUAUACACAAACACUUCCACCAGAUUUAACCUGUACUGGUCAAUUGGUAUUUUAAAAUCUGCCAUUCUGAAGAGAUAACUAGGCUGGAAAAAGAAAAUGUCGACUAAGCUGUACAACAUUCUUAGACAAACAUAAGCAGCACCAUCAAUGUAAAUCCACCGCAAAUGUUGCAGAAUUUAUCGAUAGAAAACCAUGAAGCAAA